AUGCAGAGCGCCUUUACAAUACGAGUCGGAGAGAAACAGGCUGACGGUGUGCGGGAUGUUUCGGUGCUGCACAACGGUGAGGUUCACUUCUCCACUUCUCAUCACAACGUGAAGUGGGCGUUUUUGACGCGAUUUCCAGCUCCUUCCAAUCAGAAGCGAAGUUCGGUCCACGUAGGUAGUUCACAAGGGAGUCCGUUUUCCAAUAGUGAGUUGGACUUGAAGGCAGGAGCUGCUGGGGACGACCGCACUGGAGCUGCACGUUACGGUGGAAGCGAAACUAUGCAAGAGUACUUGUGUGUAUUUUAUCGUGAUGAACCAAAGGAUCGGCACAGCCAUUACACUGCGCAUCAAGCAUCGACUAUAUGCUCCGCGUACAACACUGUACGCCCUGCUGCUGUCACACAUUUUGUGCUAAAAAAUAUUGUUCCUACGACAGUGGUGCCAGGAUUGCGUGGUGUAUUUGUUCACGGCAGUCGACAGUCUUCACGGGGAUUCUCAUCAAAUGUGCUGCAAGUAGAAGGGUUUAUGUUUUAUCAAGCAGCAGACUUAUGGUGGAUGGCUUCUCAGCUAACAAUUAGACCGGUUUAUGUGAAUUCUGGUGAUAUGAAAUUGACAACGCGUCUUCCUACUAAUCCGAUCGUCACUAAGAUAUCGCCUUUACCACAGGUGGAUACUAGUAGUGUCACGUCAAGGUACGCGUUGGUAGACACGAUUAUCCUUACCCAGUUUCAAACUCACAAAGGGCGGUUAAUGACCGUGGCAGUGUGUGGCAAUGAAAUAUGUCUUGCAACGACGAUUGUAGUAGAACAUCUAGAUGUCUUGCUUUGGAUAUGGUGGCCGCAACGUCUGCAGGUUCCACAUUUGCAUGUCAAGGGAGCGGAUGUCUCUAUGACAAUUUCUGAGAGCAUGGAUACUCCAGAACAGGCAUUAUUUCUAUUUGAUGCACCUCAUACUGUAUUACAUGUUUUACGAACGCCUAACCUCAUUACUGGGAAGGGGGAGUUGGAGAUAAUUUUCUCUGUGUCAACAAACUGCCCUCCCGUCGUACUUCCUUGCUUGCGUCCUUCCAUGAUGCAGCCUGUUAUGUUGUGUCAUUAUCCGGUAGUAAAUGAGGUGACGAUUUAUCAUGUUCCAACGCUCUUGGAGCACCCUUCCCCCUCCACUAACGUGACUACCAUGUCUCUUACACCCACACUGCCAUCAAAGUUCAAGUUGAGUGGUGUGUUGUACCAGACUGGCCCCACAGUUGCUUUUCAGACCAACUCUUGUUCCUCUAGUAAUGAAGCUUUAAAGGGGGAAAAUAAUAUAAAUGACUUGGAACGUAAAUCGUAUGUUGUUACUUUUCCUUCUCUAUUGGAGGAGCAACACCCGCUGGUACAUUUUAUAUUGGAAGCGCUUGAAUUGGUUCUAGAAAGAGGUUGUGUCGCAUCUCUGCAGUGUGAGUUGCUACGACGUGCAUGGGAAAGUAAACAGAUGGGAGAGGUGUGGGAUUUUGGGAGUGGCUGUAUUGAAUUGAUUAUAGACAUUGUCCGUACAAGUAUAACAGGGAGAAGCAGAAGAAGCAACAAAAUUGAUAAUCACAGUAAUAAUAAUAGUCUUGAGGACGGCGGUGGGGGGCGUGCAUGUCAAGAGGAAGAUACGAGUUAUUCUAUCAUAAAUGCUUCAGUGUAUGGAGAAGAAAUGCGUCUGUGUGACAUUCUCCUUCAUCCCAUUAGUUUAACUGCCGAUGUGUUGCAACAUUGUACAUCAUGCACUCCAUGUGCCCCGGAACAGAAAGCUCGUGAAGCCCUCUUCUCGGGCAUGGGUGUAAGUCAUCUUUGGACACAGCAUCAAUGUGGGCUCAGUGUAUUUGUUUUACAUCUUCUGUGUGAGAGCUUCAAGUUGCAGGAGCAACUUUGGGCUUUGCUUGAGCCACUGGCGAAGAUGAACCUUCAGUUAAGUCAAUUGAUGCGGUGGACACAAUAUAUCUGGUACUACUCCACCUGUCUCUGCGUGCCUGCGACAAAUGGCCCCCCACUUCACUGUCCUGUGGUCUCGCAGUCAUCGCUAUCUCACGAAUUUCAGCGUAGCUUGCCUGAACAUAUUCUUCUUGAAAAGUUUGUCUUUCAUGCUGGUUCGUCCAAGGAAGCUGUUCUCAGGGGGGAUCCUCCAAUGCUGUACACCAUCCUGCAGCGCGUCCUUGUAGGUAAAGCACGAGUGUCUGGUGGAUGGCCAGCCAUUAAAGGUGUCCUCCCUAGUUCUCCUCUUUCUGUGGCGAAUCGUCUGUUUUUUAUGUUUGUGGAUUGCUUUGAUUCACCCAAAGAGCAGCAUAAUCGUGUACAUUGCUGGUGGUUUGUUUUAUGCAGGGGGCUUUUAAAAUAUUCUAUUGAUCCAAAGUUUGUUGCUUCGGAGCUUUGUGUCGGGGUGGCGCAGCCGAUUGUGCGCGCUUUGGUGAUUGCCAAGGAUCAGGUGAAUAAUGCUUGGGAUAAUGAUUUUAACGCUGUCAUUGGUCGUUUGGAUUGCUUGCAGCAGGCCCCAGCACAGGUAUGCCAUGCGAAUUCAUCUGGUGAUGUCGUGCGUGUCGCACAGGAGCGGGCCGUUGGACGGCAGUACUGUGCCACUCUGAAUGACGACGAUGGUGUCAUUAUGCGACCCGACUUCCCGAAGCACUGGGGUGACUCCCGCCUGGAUAUUGUGCAAACCAUGUUGAACACCGCCGCCCCUAUUGUCUUGCCAAGUCAAGUGGAUGGGGCCGAUGUCAUUUACAAUUCCUUAAAAAUGCUUUCUAGGCGUGCCACUGCUCUUCCAGUAGGACGUGGCAUGUUCACACUUUGCACGCAGAACUUUGGGGUUCGCGAUAGUGUGCCAAUUCCACGCCUGAAUCUUGAGGGUCGAACAAGUGAUGGAAUUACAAUUGCAAAUAACUCUGAGGAAAUCGCUGCAGAAAAUUUAAUAUGGCCAUUGUUUCACAAUGGAUGUGCGGCAGCUUUGCGUUUUCUUCCAUUACCUCAAAGUCAUGGGUCUGGGAAGGAGGAAGAGUCCAUUACACAACACUGGGUUUUGUACCAAACUCGCAAUAUUGCGUGUCUAGCGUCUCGAGCUGGAUUAAUUCUUGCUGCAGGACUCUUGGGACAUUUAAAAGUGCUUCAGCGAACUGAUAUAUAUUCGCUUCUUGUUUCACCUCAAUCCACGUUUUCUGGCCGUGAGGCGGUGACCAUUGCCGUGUUGCUGGGUCUUAGCUGUAGUCUACGGGGAACGUGCAAUAGCAUUGUUUUUAAUUGCCUCUCGAUGCACGUGCAGUCUCUCACCCCCGCCACCGAAGACAUUGAAGUUUCUUUGGACGUUCAAACAUCCGCGUUGGUUUCCAUUGGAAUCCUAUACCAACAAUCUCCAGAUGCCUUUCUAGCGGAAAUGAUGCUUGUUCAGAUGUCACGUCUUCCCUCAGAUGAACACUUUCGCGAUAGGGAGGGAUAUGCCCUAGGUGCAGGGUUUGGCCUUGGUCUCAUGUUUCUUGGUCUUGGGGGUGCGCAUGGUGUGCCAAAUGUUGAGAAUCGUUUAUUAAAGUUCAUGGAUGGGGCACGCCGAGAGGCGGUCCCCUCUGCGUGUGAAGGUUUAGAGGCAUUUAACGAACGCAAUCCUGAUCGUGGUCACUUUCUUACCCGAGGAUUACUAAUGCGUAACGCCAACGAUUCUUUUAGGAGUCAUUGUACGCGCGUAUUUGAGGGUAACCGGUUCAAUACAGCUGUCUCUGGUCCGGCAGCCGCUGUGGCGCUAGGUUUUAUGUACAUGCAGACAGACGAUGCCUCCAUGGCGGAAAAGGUGUCCCCUCCGAAUCGUUUGGUGGGGUUACAAGGCAUAUAUCCGGAGAUGUGUCUGGUGCGAUCUAUGAUGUCUUCUCUUAUCCUUUGGUCGAACAUUGAACCCACAUGUGAAUGGAUUCGACAAAGGAUUCCUUCAUGUUUAUUGCGACUUGCAAAAUAUCCUCAACGGAGUGGACUUGCCCCUGCCCAAAUUUAUUACCUUCUGAUGAAUCUAGGGCAUUGCCUCGCUGGUGUUGUACUGGCUCUGGGUAUGCGUUACGCCGGGUCCAUGGACGCUGAUGCAAAGGCGGUUGUUCUCCACGAGUUGAAGGGUUUCAUGCGAGGUCAUAUUGGAACCACAGGGGUGGUGAUUAGUGUUAUUCAACGCUCUACAGGGGCUUUUCAAGCAUGUAUUUCGGCAUGCACAGUGGCGUUGGCUCUUAUUAUGACUGGGACAGGCGAUUCCAGGUGUCUCGAAGUCAUACAGAAACUUCACACGCGCACGAAUGUGAAAUAUGGCGAUCAUCUUGCACUUUCUAUGGCCAUAGGGUUGCUAUUUCUUGGAGGUGGUCAACUUACACUUUCACAUUCACUCAGUUCCGUCGCGGCGCUUGUUAUGUCCUUCUAUCCGCUGUGGCCCGACACCAGCUCUGAUAACAAACUCCACUUACAAGCACUUCGUCAACUUUAUUGCCUGGCGGUGGUGCCACGCGUAAUUGAAACAAUAGACGUUCUUACAAAUCAAUCGGUGUCGGUGCCUAUUCGCGUCAUUGUGCAUCGUGGGCGUCUCGGUCAAACUGAACCCUCGAGUGUUGUGAAGGAGUUAUGGACUCCGCUGCCCAAGGGAAAGGAAAAUCAGGCUGUUCGCAUGGUGACUCCUUGCCUUUUGCCUGACCCAAGUACAAUCACACAAAUUGAAAUACGCAGUGCACAGCACCACAGCCUUACCAUCUAUAACACUGGCUUAAAUGUCGUUGGAGAUGCGGGUCUCGUUGUUCGUGUCUUGGAGAAAAAUGUUGUCCAUACAGAUUCCGAAGCCUCUUUACGAAGUCCCGCUGAGGAAAUUGUGGUGUGUUGGAUCAAGCGUCUUUUUCACGUGGAGUCGCAACAACAGCCACGUCCCAUUGAAGCCAUUGUUAUUCUUGAUAAUGUUAAUUUGUUACUUGCGGCGAAGAAGAGUUUCUUAACGGAGUUUGGUCCCUCUGAAAAUGUGUUUUCGCCAGAUUUUGUCAUGAACGUGCGGCGCACGCUAGUAAAACGCUAUGGAUGCCUCCUGCAGCACUGUGGGGUGAUGUCACCCUGUCAUCCCCUUUCCCAGCUUGUUAUGAUGAGUAGAUCACUCUACAGCACAGCCCUAUCACUAGUGCAGACCCUCAAAGAUGGUGCAGAAUGUUCCUGUGAUCUUUCCCCUGUUUUGGAGUCCCUGCAAGCAUAUGGUAUUGUUAUCGAGGCUAAAACCGAGAUUGGAAAUGUACGCUGUGGUCUUCUCGUUUUUGCUGUCAUGAAAUGGCUCUCUCAAGCCUUACAUUUUUAUGGUCUGGUGAGUAGCAUAGCGUCGCUGCCGCAAAUAUUGGCGGAACACACAUCAUUUCUGCAGCGGCGAGAGCAGCGCUUGCUGGCGCUGUACGUUAUGAACCAAAAGCUUCUCCUUGAACCCCAAGUACUUGAAGACCUCGUCGAAUGCUGUGUGGAGUACACGGAUUGA